AAAACAAGCAAAGCACUUCAAAAGAUCUCAUAGAUUGAGGUGCUUUGAGCUCGUGAUGAGAAGGAAAGGACACCAGUUUGUGAGAAAUAAUUAGGUAUGGCAGUAGCAGGAUGAAAAUUAGUGAGAAGACACAGAAAAACAUGGAGAAAGGCAAAAGAAGAAGACAUAGAUUAGAAGUAAUUCAAGUAGGAUGUGUACAGACAAAAGAAAGUGAAGAUACAAAAUUUUGAAUCUCACUCCAUGAAGGGAACAUUUGAUGCAGAAACAUUUAAGAUAAUGGCCCUCAAGCUCCCUUCAGUUGGCUUCCAAAUGAAAUCCUUAUAUGGAAAUAGAUUGCUUUUUGAUGCUCUUCUAGCAAGUUCUUGCUCUUAUGUCGUAAGGGGUAUGGCUGGACAUUCAAAAUGGUCUAAUAUUAGGCACAUUAAAGCUGCCAAUGAUGCACAGAAAAUGAAAAUGUUUACAAAGUUUUCUCGAAUGAUGAAAAUAGCGAUAAAAGAGGGUGGUGGUACAGACCCAAAAUUGAAUUCAAAAUUAGGAAAAGUAGUUGAACUUGCCAAGAGUAGUAACAUGCCUGUGGCCUCAAUUGAACAUGUCCUCAAGUCAUCUCAAAAAUCACAGGACAAUGCAAAAUCUUACAUGCUGGAGUACAGAGGUCCUGGUGGAGUUUUUCUGCUGGCAGAAAUAGUUUCGGACAACUUGAGUCGGUCCAAGCAACUAAUAACAUCAGCUACAAAGAAGUUGAACGUUCAGGAGCUUAAAGCUGGUGGAGCACGUUGUUUGUUUGAUGAAAAAGGCGUCAUAAUUUCAACUUGUGAAGGUGUCUCAUAUGAGCAAGCCAUGGAUCAUGCCAUCGAAGUAGGAGCUGAGGACGUAGCUGAGGAAGAAGGAAAUUUUGUGUUUACUACCUCCCCUGAAGACUUUUUCCAAGUGAAACAAGCAUUAGAAGGGAUUAACUUCACUGUUAAAUCUGCAGAUAUACAGUAUAUAGCCACUAAUCCAGCAACAGUAUCGGAUCAAGAUUUAGAGAAGUUAAGCACAGUCUUAGAAAAGAUGGAAAAUUUAGAUGAUGUGAUGAAAGUUCAUGUAAAUCUGUAGUAGAGUUGUUGUAGAUAUUAUGUAUGUUAGAAUAAAUAUUUUUAUUGUU